AAUGAAUUAAAAUUAAAACUUUACAAGCAAUCUUAAUUUAUUUCCUGAAAUAGGAACUCAUGGAUCAAGAGGAAAAGUAAUUAGUUUAAUUUAUCUUAGUAAUAUGGUGGAAAUAAUAUUACUAUGAGAGGAACAGAAAUAUUUGAAGGACUUACAACUGGGAGACCAUCUAAAAAUAUUAUUUAAGCUCAUUUCAAAGCUUUAAGAUUUUAUAGAAAAGUUUGUCGACUGAUUCCAUUUUUAUUAAGAAUUCAUGAUUUAGAAGUGACAUGCAAUUCUUAACAAGCAAUGUUAAAUGUAGCAAAUAUAUUCAGAAAAAGAGCAUAUUUAAGAGAUCCAGAUGCAGUUGAUAGAUGGGUUAGAAUUCUAUAUGACUUUAUUAGGUUUAUAGAGGAUAUGAAUUACUCUACCAAGCUGAAUGGCAUAUGUUAAAUAGAGAUCAUUUAUUCUAAUAUUUCUCUAAUUAAAAUAGAUCUGAUGCUGGAUAUUCAUAUUUAGAAAAUUAAAAGCUUAAUGGAAAGAGUGAAUUUUUAAAGGAUUUCUAUAUUGGAAAUAAAACAUAUGAAUAUUGAAAUCAUAAUUCUAAAAUAAUAUAUUGAAAAACAAG